UUACAGGAAUUUUUGUUUGGUAAAAGAAAGACUCCUGCAGAAGUCCUUCGUCAGCACCAAAGAGCAAUAACAAAAGCCCAAAGAGAGUUGGAUAGAGAAAGAGAAAAACUUGAACGCCAAGAGAAGAAGCUGAUUCUUGACAUAAAGAAGUCAGCAAAGGAAAACCAACUAGGAGCGUGUAAAGUUAUGGCAAAGGAUUUGGUUCGUACAAGACGUAAUGUUCAAAAGUUUUACCAAAUGAAGACGCAAUUACAGGCAGUUGGUCUUCGUAUUCAGACUCUAAGAUCAAGCCAGCAAAUGGCUGAAGCUAUGAGAGGAGCAACAAAAGCAAUGGGGGCAAUGAAUAGACAAAUGAAUUUACCUAAAAUUCAACAGAUUAUGAUGCAGUUUGAGAGAGAAAGUGAACUAAUGGACAUGAAGGACGAAAUGAUGGGUGACGCAAUUGACGAUGCCUUUGAAGAGGAAGAAGAGGAAGCUGAAAGUGAUGAAAUUGUGAAUAAGGUAUUGGAUGAAAUUGGUAUCAGCUUUAACCAAGAGCUUGGAGAAGUACCUUCUGGUAUUAAACAAGCAGAAGCUCCUUUAGGAUCUUCUGGUGAAAGAAUUGCUCAAGCAGAAGGGGGUUUGUCAGCUGAUGAUGCUGCCUUACAAGCAAGAUUGGACAAUUUAAGAAGAGAAUAA